AUGAAAAAUCAAACAAAAGUGAAAACAUCUAAAAAUGCUCCUCAGAUAAUAUUAGAUUUGAUAGAGUAAGCCAAAUAAACCAGGUUAUAUUUAUUGAAGAGAAUUGGGCCAACUAGUUUAAAGUAUUGCGAUGAGGAUGGAAAUAAAUUUAAAGUAGAAUUAUCGACUACUAUGAUCUGUUCUUGCAAUUAGAAUAACCAGCAUUGCAUUCAUACAAUCCAUGCGUUAUUAAAAGUGUUUCAAGUGGAUGAAAAAUGCCCAAUUCUAUGGUAACAAUAAUAUUCUCAAUAUGAUAUCACAAAUAUUUUAAAUGGAUAAUAUAAAACCAAAUCAUAACAGACUAAAACAAGACAAUAGAUAAGUUAAAAUAAUACUAAUUCUGAAGAUCAAUAAUAAAAUCGAUAAUAAAUAACAGAAGAUGACAUGUGUCCAAUAUGCCAAGAGACUUUGUUAUGUAAUGAAGCCUUGGUGCAUUGCAAAAAGUAAUGUGGAAACAAUUUCCAUGCCAAAUGCAUGAAAGUCUGGGUGAUGCAAAAAUAAACAGCUGGCAAAAAGAUAAAUUGCCCCAUGUGUAGAGUUGAUUGGGGUGACACUGCCUUGGUUGAAAUAAGACAAGAAGAGAAGAUAUUUGAAAACCUACACAAGACUCACAACAAAAUAUGUAGUUAUUGCAAAAUAACACCUAUCAUCGGCACAAUCUAUACAUGCAUCUCAUGUCCCAAUUAUCAUUUGUGUGAUAAGUGUCAUAGUAAAAAGAUCCAUUAAUAACAUAUCUUCAUGUUUAAACACACGAGGCUUGAGAAAUACGUAUUUGAGGCCAAUUGCUCGUAUGAAUCGCUAAUGUUCAUAUUCCCUGAAAAUUUAAAUGCUGGUAAUCAUGAAACUGGAGGACUGAUGUUGGUAGGCACUGGAUUCCAGAAACAAAGCAAAUGUUCCUUCUGCCAUAAACCAAAGUAACUGAGACUAUUGUAAUGCGGUCACAUUGCAGAUGAAGGUUGUCUUAACAGAAUGAAAGAACAUUGUUACUUGUGUCCCAUCGAUAAUCAACCUCAAUUUGUUGGCUUGUUUAAUAAUCUCUCUUCAGAGGAGAAGGCGUUGCAUCUUGCUGAAACAAAAAAAUGGGUCAUUCAAAAAGAAGAAGAACACAGUAUUUUAAAUCAUAAAUUACCUCCUAUUGGAAAACACUUUUCAGCCAGGCCUAAAUAACUUAGUUAAAAACACUUUGAUAAUUCUGAUAAUAAAUAAAUUAAAACCUAACAGUUAAAAUAAUCGUAACCAAUCAAAAGAUAGCUAUCAGCCAAUAGAAGACAAUUAGACAAUCCUUUAUUUAUUAAAUCAGUUAGAUCUCAAAUGGAGAAUAUCAUAUGA